GUCUCCCGCUCGCGUCCGGCCUGCCGCGGUCUGGGACAGCGCCGGACCAGCGGCGGCAACUCCUCCCCUGUCAUCGGAGGAGGCAGGCAGCGAGCGGGAAGUAGUUGUUGUCCCGCCGAAUUCGCCCAGCUCUUUCUCGCGGCCUUCUCGCCGCAGCCUCCCAUCCUGGCGACCUUCGAAAGACCUCCUUGCCCACACGUCGCUGGGAGACGAGAUACGCCCUCCGGCCAGCGAUAAGGCUGCGAGAGCCGAGGGGCCCAUCCGCAACAUGGCUUCGCGACACACAAUCGACACGAAUGCUAUGACGCUCACGAGGUUCGUCCUGGCCGAGCAGCGAAAGGUGCCCGGUGCCACAGGAGACUUGACGCAGCUCCUGACUGCCAUCCAGACCGCCAUCAAGGCGGUCGCCGCAGCCGUGCGACGGGCCGGCAUCGCCCAGCUGUACGGCAUGGCGGGCAACACGAACGUCCAGGGCGAGGAGCAGAAGACGCUGGACGUGCUUAGCAACGACCUCUUCAUCAACCUUCUAAAGGCUUCUUUCACCACCUGCCUCUUGGUCUCCGAGGAGAACGACACGGUGGUCGAAGUGGAGACCGAGAAGCAGGGAAAAUACGUGGUGUGCUUCGACCCUCUGGACGGAUCCUCCAACAUUGACUGCCUCGGGUCCAUUGGCUCCAUCUUUGCCAUCUUUCGUCGGACAAGCUCAGGACGACCAGACGCGAAAGAUGCAUUGCAGACGGGGCGGAACGCGGUGUGCGCGGGGUAUGCAUUGUAUGGAAGCGCGACAAUGGUCGUCAUAAGCUUGGGCCAGGGGGUCAACGGAUUCAUGUUGGAUCCCGCGAUGGGCGAGUUCAUCCUCACGGAUCCAGACAUGAAGGUCAAGCCUCGUGGCAAGAUCUACAGCAUCAAUGAAGGAUACGCCGGCACGUGGGAUCCUGCAGUCACGGAGUACGUCAAGAAAAAGAAGUUCCCAGAGAGUGGAAAGCCUUACGGAGCCCGUUAUAUCGGUUCCAUGGUCGCCGACGUCCACCGGACGCUGAAGUACGGCGGCAUAUUUAUGUACCCAGCUACCAAAGACGCUCCCAAUGGAAAGCUUCGCCUGUUGUACGAGUGCAUCCCGAUGGCGUUCCUGAUCGAGCGGGCCGGCGGGAUGGCGCACUCCGGCAAGCAGCCCAUCCUGGACGUGCAGCCGGACACGCUGCACGGUCGCUGUCCCAUCUUCCUCGGCUCCAAGGAAGACGUGCAGGAAGUGGUCGACCUCUACAAGAAGCACAACCUGGCGUAAAGGGGAGGAAGCCACCCACCUCGUCAUCGCGGCUCGCCGCUGAAGCCGCGAGAAAAAAGAAAACCAAGGAAAUUGUUGCCAACGCUCGUUUGUUAUCUCGUUUGAAUUAAAACAAAACUGUGCACUCGUUAGUACA